UACUAAUGGGAGAAGCUGAACUGAAAUCACAAAUUGAGGUCGUGAUUGAUGCUUCCAUCGUCAGUAGCCAUGAAUCUCAUGGCCACUCAUUUGUCGUCGACGUUGCCAACCUGCCAUUACAAUCGUCCAUCUUAACAAGGCUCCAUGCAGGCUACUUCAGAAUAAGCCUCGCUCUCGGUGCCCAAGCUUUGCUAUGGAAGAUUACAAUCGAGCAUGCAAAUGAAUCACAAGCAGCUCUCCGGCAUGUAUCCCACUUGCUCCCUUCAACAGCUUUUCUUUUGCUCUGGUGUCUCGCGCUUUUGGUGCUCAUAACACUCUCUCCGCUCUACAUUCUCCGGUGCUUCUUUCACUUCCACAUGGUGAAGGCAGAGUUCUUGCACCAUAUAGGAGUUAACUUCUUGUAUGCUCCCUGGAUUUCCUGGCUUCUCAUGCUUCAAUCAGCGCCAUUCAUCAGUCCAGAGAAUCUUACCUAUCGGGUUCUUUGGCUGGUUUUUGCAGUUCCAGUCAUGGUGCUCGACGUGAAAAUAUACGGGCAAUGGUUUACGACAGAAAAGCGGUUUCUGUCAAUGAUGGCGAAUCCGACAAGCCACAUGUCAGUGUUGGGGAACUUGGUAGGCGCCCGAGCAGCCGCGCAGAUGGGGUGGAAAGAGAUUGCUGUUUUCAUGUUCUCUUUAGGCAUGAUACAUUAUUUAGUGCUCUUUGUUACGCUCUAUCAGCGCCAAUAUGGUUGCAAGCGUUUUCCAGUAAUGCUGCGGCCAGCCUUCUUCUUGUUCGUUGCUGCACCAAGCAUGGCAAGUUUAGCUUGGAGCUCCAUUUCAGGAGCUUUUGAUACCUCAUCAAAGUUGCUCUUCUUCCUCUCUCUUUUCCUUUUCAUGUCUCUGGCUUGCAGGCCAGCCCUUUUCAAGAAAUCCUUGAGGAGGUUCAAUGUUGCAUGGUGGGCUUAUUCGUUCCCGCUUACCUUUCUUGCUCUAGCCUCUGUGGAAUACGCACAAGAGCUGAAAGGUGAAAUAGCACUCGGGCUAAUGCUUGUCUUGGUAACUCUCUCUGUCCUGGUCUUCUGGGGCUUGAUGCUGCUCACUGCACUCAAAAAGACUAGGCUUUUGCAUGAGCAAAGGAGGACUGCAACCAAGCCACAAGUUGCAGAUACAAGGACUUAAAAACUAGGGCAGGGAUCGCUAGCAUACUAUAACAAAUCUUGACUUAUGGUCUACUCUCAACGCCUGUUGAUAGAAGACUGCCAAAAAUUAUAUUGGAAACUUCUGUAACUUCAUGAAUAUCUUGAGUUGUUCAA